GUCGUCAGAUCCGCAAGGCAUUUCGGGCUGCUGGAGGCUGAUUCGCCCAAUAAUACAAACAAGCCGCCGGACAUAGUGGAAUCGGUUGAACAUGCGAAUAAACGCUUGCUUGUGAUUUAACAUAAACUCAGCCUUCAUGAAUGCACGCUGUUAUUGUCUCUGCACUCUUUCGGAAGUGUCAGGGUUUGAUUGCGCGUGAACCAGGAUAAAUAUCCAGCACGCGUGACAAAUAGCUCAUCCUAGAGAAGGAAACGCACAGUAACACUCAAGUAUGGCGGACAGUAUGAUGAGUAAAGCCGCCACAAUGGAGAUUCCUAUUAGCAGUAAUGGGGACUCUCGAAAUCUGGCAGAAGAUGACAGUUUGGAGCAGGCUGCAAAGAUUCAGUGGAGCUUAAGAGAGAAGGUAGGGAGUCCCGCAGGCCUCAGGGACUUGCAGCAGGUAAUGGUGUCUGGGCCCAACUUAAAUGAGACCAGCAUCGUAUCAGGUGGUUACGGCGGUACAACAGAAGGCAUCAUUCCAACCAGCUCCAUCAAAGACCUCCGAAUGAAGUCCAGGGGUGUUAGCAUUGCCCCAAGCCAGAUUGCAGCCUGCCGAAUAGCCAGCCAAUCAGAUGACAUCCUCUGUAUCCCAGGGUCCAAUAUGGAUUAUGUCGGUAGCAAUUCCUCAAUGGCAGCAGAAGAAGCCACAAGAGGCGUUGCUGUGGAGAAAUUUGACAUAAUGAAGAAAUGGGGUCUGAACACAUACAAGUGCACCAAACAAAUGAUCUCUGAGAGGUUUGGCCGAGGAUCACGUACUGUGGAUUUGGAGCUGGAGGCUCAGAUUGAGGUUUUGCGGGAAACCAAACGGAAGUACGAGAAUGUGCUGCGUUUAGCACGAGCGCUAACCAACCACUUUUACAGCAUGGUGCAGACGCAACACGCCCUUGGAGACACUUUUGCCGACCUCAGUCAGAAGUCCCCAGAACUUCGGGAUGAGUUUGGAUACAAUGCAGAAACGCAAAAGUUGUUGUGCAAGAAUGGAGAGACUCUGCUUGGUGCCAUCAAUUUUUUUGUGUCCAGCAUCAACACACUUGUGAACAAAACGAUGGAAGACACACUGAUGACUAUCAAGAUGUAUGAGAAUGCCAGGCUGGAGUUCGACGCGUACAGGGCAGAUCUGGAGGAGUUGAACAUGGGCCCACGGGACGCUGUUACUAUGGCUCGUAUCGAGGCUGCUCAGCAGCAGUACCAGAUCCACAAGGACAAAUAUGAACGUCUCCGCAGUGAUGUCACCAUCAAAAUUAAGUUCCUAGAAGAAAAUAAGGUCAAAGUGAUGCACAAGCAACUUCUGCUGUUCCAUAAUGCCAUCUCUGCCUACUUUGCUGGAAACCAGCAGCAGCUGGAACAGACCCUCAAGCAGUUCAACAUUAAACUCAAACCACCAGGGGCCGACAAACCCUCUUGGCUGGAGGAACAGUGAAAGUGCUCCAUUACCCCUGGUUUCCUGUUGUAUUUCUUUAGCCCCGCAGAGCAACACAGUAGGACCCUGAGAGACCAGCGAUCUGAGAUGCUAGAAGAGACAAGGCUCCAACAGAGAGCCCCUUUCACACUAACUCUCUUUACACUUCUCUUCCUUUAUUCUUCUUCUCAUCCUAUUCCUGCUCUGAGACUGUUUUCAAGUGUCUGAAUUGUGACCAGUCCUUAAAGCUCCAAUCAAAUGUCAAGGGUAUCCAGUGCAAGCUUCAUCCUUAUAAAUGUCAUUAAACCGACUGAAAAAAAAA